UUUACGUUACUGUGCAAAGAUGUUUCUACCUGGCUGUAAUGUGUUUUGAAAAUCCGACAACUGCCGCUCAAACCUGUGAUUUACAGUACUUCUAGCAACGUCAAGUGCAAACAUCCAUUUUCAAGAUCAAUUCAAAAAUGGCUGAAGAAGAAGAGAAAACCCAGUCAAGCAACGUGGAAUUUAAAUUUCAGUUUUAUCCAAUGCCGGAUACAAAAAUUCCUCCAUUUACCGAGCAUUUCCGCUUUCCCGAAGGCUUGGCCCGUUGCGAACCCGGAGGUUUCGUACUCACCGAGGAAUUUGGUCGACACGCACACGAACUCGUUAAUUUCAAGCCGAGGAAGGACGACGUGUGGGUCGUUACUUUCCCUAAAUGCGGAACAACGUGGACCCAGGAAAUGGUGUGGAUGUUGUUAAACGAUUGCAAUGCAGAGCUCGCCAAAACGACACCGCUUACAAUCCGAGCUCCUUUUCUCGAAUCCAGUUGUGUCGACGGAGCGGAAAAUGCUCCGCCGGGAUUAGCUGAUUUGAUGCCAUCACUAGACGUCAUCGACAAAAUGGCUUCUCCUCGCGUCAUAAAAAGCCACUUGCCCUUUUAUUUGCUUCCACCCAAUUUGCUCGACACAUGCAAGGUGGUGUAUGUUGCUCGAAAUCCGAAGGACGUCAUGGUUUCGUAUUAUCAUCACCACAAGCUGAUGAAAAUGCCAAGUUACAGCGGUGACUUUGAAACCUUCGUCAACUACUUCAUGAAUGAUCAUUUGGAAUUUUUGCCCUACUUUCCUCACAUUUUAGAUGCUUGGGCAAAGCGAACUCAUCCAAAUUUGCUCUUCCUAUUUUACGAGGAUAUGAAAAAAGUAAAUCUACGCGGACAGGUUGAAAAAGUGGCACAAUUUCUGGAUAAGUCGCCGAGCGAAGCUAAAAUGGCUCUACUUUUGGAACAUCUGAAAUUUGAUAAUUUAUCCAAGAACGACUCUGUCAAUUUUAAAACGGCAAAGGACUUGGGUUACAUGAACGACGAUGGUACUUUCAUCCGGAAAGGUAAAACAGGAGAUUGGAAGAAUCACUUGAGUCCGGAGUUAAAUCGUCGCGUCGAAGCAUGGAUAGAAGCAAACUUGGCUAAGAGCGAUUUAAGAUUCGUCAUGGAGCUGGAACAGCAAGAUUAAGUAUUCAUGAGAUAAAAUUUCGUGUGAUUUUAUGUCAUUUGCCACAUUCCCGAAAGAAACAAAGAACGUCGUAAUAAUUGAGAGCUGGUGCACCGUAAAUGACGUAGCAUUACUUAGCCUUUAGACAAUACAUAUGGCUUUAGAUUUUA